GUUGGCUACUUGACCGACACUCAGCCGGCCAGAAAUAAAAUGACAAGCUAUCACAAUGAAGCAUGUCAAAAGAAAUCAUAUUUGUCAAAAUUUUCUGGUCCCACAAUCGUUUGCCUUUUGGCCAGGUUGAUCAUCACUCGUCAGCGAUAUAAUGAAACUUAAAGUUUAUCUGUGCCAAUAACAACAUAUCCAUCACCAAAGGACAGUCCCGCCUAAGGACCGUCGCAGUCCGAUCUAGAUGUAUAAAAACGAUGAACUUUUUCAAGUUGAAGUUCGCAUCGAAUAAAAGCGACAAAGGGAACGUGACAUCGCCAACUCAGCAACAGCCUUCUCAGCAUCAAGCAUCACCAAUACCGCAACUGUCUAGGUCAAAAGGUAUGGGAGACAAUGAUGAAGAUUCCGUUUAGAGUGCGGACUUCUAUGCCAUACGCCAAAGCCAAAGCUACGAUACAAUACUUCCGAACAGCGUAAUUUAUUAGAAAUGCAAUCGAGACAUUCUUCCACUUCGGGAGUGUUAAUGGUCGGACCCAAUUUCAGGGUCGGCAAGAAAAUAGGCAGCGGCAACUUCGGGGAGAUCCGAUUGGGGAAGAAUCUGUACAACAAUGAACAUGUCGCCAUCAAACUGGAGCCGAUGAAAUCAAAGGCGCCUCAGCUGGCGUUGGAAUAUAGGUUUUACAGGAUGUUGGGGCAGGCUGAGGGCAUCGCUAAGGUAUACCAUUUAGGCACGUGUGGUGGCAGAUACAACGCCAUGGUGAUGGAACUUCUGGGGCCCAGCUUGGAAGAUCUCUUUUCUCUGUGCAGUAGACGGUUCAGAUUGAAGACCGUUCUUCUGAUAGCAGAUCAGUUGAUCGCGAGGAUGGAGUAUGUGCAUAGUAGAAGAUUGAUCUUCAGGGACGUCAAACCGGAGAACUUUUUGAUCGGCAGAUCGAGGAAUAAGAAAGAUAAAAUUGUACAUAUUAUUGAUUUUGGAUUGGCUAAAGAGUAUAUAGACCAGGAUACUGGGAAGCACAUACCGUACAAGGAGCAUAAAUCGCUGACGGGCACAGCGCGGUACAUGAGCAUCAACACCCAUUUGGGCCGGGAACAAUCCAGGAGGGACGAUCUGGAAGCGAUGGGCCACAUGUUUAUGUAUUUCCUUAGAGGAUCGUUGCCAUGGCAAGGCCUGAAAGCUGACACUCUUAAGGACCGGUAUCAAAAGAUUGGCGAAACUAAACGCAACACUCCUGUCGAAUCUCUAUGCGAAGGACAUCCGGAAGAAAUGGCCACGUACCUGAAAUACGUACGUAGACUUGAAUUUACCGAAACGCCUGACUAUGACUACCUUCGGAAGAUGUUUAAGGAUCUGUUCAUCAAAAAGGGCUUUGCCGACGAUGGCAUUUUCGACUGGACAGAUUAUCGCUCUAAUUUUUAGAUACGAUGGAAGAAUCGAACUUGAGAAGAGAAAAAUCAGCGUGAUACAAAGCAAACUAGAUAUAAUUAUGUUGUACAGAUAUGUGGAUGAUAUUCAAAUGGAAUUAAAUUCUUAUUUUGUUUUUUCUGAAUAAAUAUUGAUACAGUAGCUGAAA